GGUCAUAUUCAAGAGAACAGUCCAGCUGCCAGGUGUGGCCGUCUGCAUGUCGGAGACAGGAUUUUGGCUGUCAAUGGUGUUGACACAUCCAACAUGCACCAUAAAGAUGUGGUCAGCCUUAUUAAAGAUUCUGGUUUCUCGGUUGCCCUAACCAUUGGACAUCCACCU